AUGAGCAAGGCGGAUGAGAUGAGUCCACGGGGGGGCCAUCCUCGUUCUUUGGUUACCUUGGGUAAGUUUAUCAUCGACGAAUUUACAUUCGAAGAUGAGGAUGGGAGGCCAACUGGAAGAACGAUGGAUCCCCAGAUUGGCGGAGGAGAUGCUUGGCGGAGGGGUAAUUUGCUCUUGUCCAGGCUUCCGGCGAACAAGUUGGGAAUGAUUGUCGACAAAGGAGAUGAUUUCCCCACAUCCAUCGAGCAAGACCUGUUGCGCUAUGGGUCUGAUAUGUGGCACUUCAGAGUGCACCCUAACUGCCAGACAACCCGUGCCAUUAAUGCAUAUCGCGGAGAGCAUCGAUCUUUUGAAUACAAAUCGUCCCUUCCACGGCUCAGCCCAAAAGACCUCAAAGGUACAACCUUUGCUAAACCCUCCGCUCUACACUUCGUUUGUUCGGCUGCUCGUGCUUUGGCUAUUACGGCGGAGAUCAAGCAAGAGCAAGGCUGGAACCCGGUGACGAUUUACGAACCUAUCGACUAUCGAUGCGUCCCAGAAGAACUUCCGGAACUCAAACGUGUAUUAAACUCGAUUUCAGUUUUAAGUCCCAAUGCUAGAGAGGCCCUGUCUCUGUUGUCCCUUCCCCUUACGUCGACAAAAGCUUUGAUCGAGGAAGCGGCUACUGAGUUCUUGAGUUUUGGGGUGGGGGUAGAUGGCAAUGGCUGGGUUGUCAUAAGAAGUGGCGAGUUGGGGGCGUAUGUAAAGAAUCGGGUGCAGGAUGGGAUCUGGGUUGACGCAUUCUGGACGAGCGACGAUGAAGGUAAGGUUGUCGAUGUGACAGGUGCAGGGAAUAGCUUUCUGGGAGGGCUUGCCGCUGGUUUGGUUUUGUCCAACGGCGAUUUGUAUAAGGCCACUUUCUACGCGUCCAUAUCUGCUUCUUUCAUCAUCGAGCAGGAAGGUUUACCUCGGAUGUCAACUGAUUCAACUACGUGGAACGGAGAUAACCCAUACGAUAGGCUUGAAAAGUUGCUGAAACGUCAUGAAGACCGAAAGAAUUAG